AUAUUCUCUUAUCUUCCCUCUCAGAGCUCUGUAUGUGGGGGUGCUGGAGCGCAAUGCGGCUGUCCGUGCUGUUGGUAGCCUGCUCGUGCCUGGCCGUGGCAGCCGGCUUCCGCUUCGAGAACCACAGACUGUUCAUCCAGCAGGCAAUUGAGUCCCCUCGUGAGGCCUUCGACUUCUGGGUUCACACCGUGAAGCCACCUUCGAACCGAGCCUACGCCAGCAGCGCAGAGGUGUAUGAGCGCCGCUUCAAUAUCUGGCUGGACAACCUGCGCUUCGCGCACGAGUACAACGCCCGGCACACAUCCCACUGGCUGUCCAUGGGCGUUUAUGCAGACCUGAGCCAGGAUGAGUACCGCUCCAAGGCGUUGGGCUACAAUGCCCACCUGCACAAGAAACGGCCUCUGCGCGCUGCGCCCUUCCUGUACAAGGGCACCGUGCCACCCGAGGAGGUUGACUGGGUGGCCGGGGGGGCUGUCACACCGGUGAAGGACCAGCUAUUGUGCGGCUCAUGCUGGGCCUUCAGCACCACAGGCGCGGUUGAGGGCGCCAAUGCCAUUGCCACCGGCAAGCUGGUCUCGCUUAGCGAGCAGAUGCUGGUGGACUGCGACCGUGAAUACGACACGGGCUGCCGCGGAGGUUUCAUGGACUCAGCCUUCGACUUCAUCGUGAACAACGGCGGCAUCGACACCGAGGACGACUACCCCUACAGGGCCGAGGAUGGCAUCUGCCAGGACAACAGGACGAGGCGCCACGUGGUGACCAUCGACGGCUACCAGGAUGUGCCGCCUAACGACGAGAACGCGCUGAUGAAGGCGGUGGCUCACCAGCCCGUCAGUGUGGCCAUCGAGGCAGACCAGCUCGCCUUCCAGCUGUAUGGCGGCGGCGUGUUUGAUGCCGAGUGCGGCACUGCGCUGGACCAUGCCGUGCUGGUGGUGGGCUACGGCACCGCCUCGAACGGCACCCACAACCUGCCCUACUGGCUGGUCAAGAACUCGUGGGGUGCAGAGUGGGGCGAGAAGGGCUACAUCCGCCUGCUGCGCAACCUGGGCAAGGAUGCUCCCGAGGGCCAGUGCGGCCUGGCUAUGUAUGCCUCCUUCCCUAUCAAGAAGGGUGCCAACCCGCCCUAGAAGGCGGGCAAAGGGUUUGAGCACUCUUCGCAGCUGGUUUGGCGCCUUCCGCCCUCGCCGCGUGGUGACAUGCACCCCGUAUCUUCUCCUGCCCCUUUCAAUCCCUUCAUUGAGGCCUGUAUUAUAACAGCCUGGUGUCCUCUCCUGUGCUCUAUGCCAGCAGCAUCCACCCUUGUUUGCUCCGCACGGUGCUCUCAUG